AUGGCUGCUGGCGGUGAAGAUCUGUGGCGCGAGUGCGCGUCCUGGCUUACGAGAUGUGGCUUAUUACGGCCGGAUCAUAAGUCGAAUUGGGAAUCUAGUUCUAUUCACGACCUCGCAUACACUCUGCGAGACGGUGUGCUUCUCUGUAACCUGCUCAACGUGCUGCAUCCAGGAUGUAUCGACAUGAAAGACGUAAAUCAGCGCCCACAGAUGGCUCAGUUUCUUUGUAUGAGGAAUAUAAAAGUAUUCUUACGAACAUGCCACGAAGUGUUCGAACUCAGGGAGACGGAUUUGUUUGACCCCUCUAUGCUCUUUGACUUGUCCAAUUUUCAUCGAGUUCUGUGCACUCUGGCAAAGCUUAGUCAAUGUCCAAAGGCAUUAGCGAGAAAUAUUCAACCAUUCUCAGCAAGAAGAACACAAUCCGAGGAGGACAUUUACAGAGAUUUACAAGCCGUCGUAAACCAAGCGACGGAUUUACCGCCCCCGUACGAUGUGGCGUUCGACGACCGCGCGAACACCGCGGAAGUACCGUGGAUACAGUUCACGAUACCGAGCGUCACGUGCGAGGACCGCGUCGAGGAGAUAUACGAGGACCUCUGCUAUGUCAAGUUCACCUCCGACAUGCCUGAGCUAGCGACGUCGUCGCACAGCCUAGAAAAAAGAGACUACGUUAUAAGGGAACUGGUCGACACGGAGUGCAAUUACGUGGACGUGCUUAGUAAAAUAAUUAAAUAUUUCCUGAGGCCGCUGACGCCUUAUUUGAAACCUCAGGACAUGCAUGUCAUAUUUUUCGGUGUCAAGCAAUUACAUGAAAUCCACUCGGGACUGUUGAGACAACUCCGACUAGCUACAGAGAACUGCGUUCCUGGUAACGGAGCGCCGAGACUAGCUGAUGUGUUUCUGGCGUGGAGGGAACAACUGCUGCUGUACGGCGACUACUGCUCCAACCUCACGAACGCUCAGGACACGCUCAAAACGCUCGAUGCGAGAGACUCUACGUUUAGCAAGCAGCUUGCGAAAUGCCAGAAGGAGCACAGCGACGGGCGCAUCCAGCUGCGCGACAUCCUGUCGGUGCCCAUGCAGCGCGUGCUCAAGUACCACCUGCUGCUCGACAAGCUCGUGCACGAAACACAACCGAACCAUGAGGAGUUCCGCGGGCUGGAGCGCGCGAAGGAAGCGAUGGUGGACGUGGCGCAGUACAUCAACGAGGUGAAGCGCGACAGCGAGGUGCUCACGCUGCUCGCUAAGGUCCAGGAGAGCAUAAUCGACUGGGAGGCGGGCGCGCUGGGGGCGGGCGGCGCGGGGCUGGCGGCGUACGGGCGCCUGCUGCUGGACGGCGAGCUCAAGGUCAAGGCGCACGAGGACCAGAAGAUGCGCUCGCGAUACGUGUUCGUCUUCGACAAGCUCAUGCUGCUCUGCAAGCCCGUCAAGGACAACCAGUACUCGUACCGCACGGGCAUCCGGCUGGCGGAGUACCGCGUGGAGGAGGGCUGCGGCCGGCGCGCGCUGCGCGGGGACGCGCGCUGGACGGCGCACUUCUACCUCGUGCGCCGCUCCAAGGACACCACCUACACGCUGUACGCGCGCACCGACGACUGCCGCCGCAAGUGGCUCAAGGCGAUCAAGGACGCCAUUGACAACUUAGAGCCGCCCGGGUGUCGUAGCACAAACCACAAAUUCGUCCUGCACACGUUCCAGAAGCCUGCCACGUGUCACCACUGUUCGAAGUUCCUUAAGGGCAGAAUAUUCCAGGGCUACCUGUGCUCGGUGUGCAACGCGUGCGCGCACAAGGACUGCAUCGCGCUGUCGGGGCGCUGCGGCGGCGGCCUGGCGCCCGCGCCGCCGCUGCCGCCGCACGCGCACCAGCCCGACAGCGCGCUGCACUACUACAUGUGGUACGUGGGCGAGAUGGGGCGCGAGACGGCGACGGCGCGGCUGGAGCGGCGCGUGGACGGCACGUUCCUGCUGCGCGUGCGGCCGCGCGCCGCGCUGGCGCCGCCGCCGCCGCACCACGACACGCACUACGCGCUCUCGCUCAAGACGGACAACACGGUGAAGCACAUGCGCGUGUGCCGCAAGCCCAUCGACCAGGUGCCGCACUACUUCCUGUCCGAGUCGCGGUUCUUCCGCAGCAUCGUCGAGCUCGUCUCCUACUACGAGAAGACCAGCUUGUCGGAGAACUUCGUUGGGCUGAACUCGAACCUGCGCUGGCCGUUCCGGCGCGUGGUGGCGACGGUGAUCCACGACUUCCGGCCGCUGGACGCGUCGCAGCUCGCCCUGCGGCCCGGCGCCAAGGUGCUCGUGCUCAGCAAGGAGGGCGACGGCCGCGGCUGGUGGAAGGGCCGCACGCUCGACAAGGGCGACAACAGAUCCGGCUACUUCCCCAAGGAGUGCGUGCGCGAGGAGCCCGAGUGUAUCGGCGCGCUUGAUUGA